AGUUAGUGAAUAGGUAAGAUGGCGACUGCGGCGGUGGUUGAGUUUCAGAGAGCGCAGUCGCUGCUCAACACGGAUCGGAAUGCUUCUAUCGAUAUUUUGCAUGCAAUUGUGAAGCGGGACAUCCAGGAGAGCGAUGAGGAGGCUGUGCGUGUUAAAGAGCAGAGCAUUCUGGAGCUCGGAGGUCUCCUUGCCAAGACGGGGCAGGCCGCAGAGCUGGGCGGUCUCCUGAAAUACGUACGCCCCUUCCUCAAUUCCAUCAGCAAGGCCAAGGCGGCCAGGCUGGUGCGCUCCCUGCUGGACCUGUUCCUGGACAUGGAGGCGGCCACAGGGCAGGAGGUGGAGCUGUGUCUAGAGUGCAUCGAGUGGGCCAAGUCUGAGAAAAGAACAUUCCUGCGACAGGCCCUGGAGGCUCGCCUGGUUUCUCUGUAUUUUGACACUAAGCGGUAUCAGGAGGCACUGCAGCUGGGGUCCCAGCUCUUGCAGGAGCUGAAGAAGAUGGAUGACAAAGCACUGCUGGUGGAGGUGCAGCUGCUGGAGAGUAAGACAUACCACGCCCUCAGUAACCUGCCUAAAGCACGCGCCGCCCUCACCUCUGCCCGCACCACGGCCAACGCCAUCUACUGUCCGCCCAAACUGCAGGCUGCUCUGGACAUGCAGUCAGGCAUCAUUCACGCUGCAGAAGAGAAAGACUGGAAGACGGCGUACUCGUACUUCUACGAGGCUUUCGAGGGAAACGACUCCAUCGACAACCCUCGUGCCAUCACUGCACUGAAGUACAUGCUCCUGUGCAAGAUCAUGCUGAACGCGCCCGAGGACGUGCAGGCACUGAUCAGUGGGAAACUGGCUCUGAGAUAUGCGGGGAGACAGACAGACGCGCUGAAAUGUGUGGCGCAGGCGAGCAAGAACAGGUCGCUUGCUGACUUUGAAAAAGCGCUGACAGAGUACAGAGCAGAGCUGCGAGACGACCCCAUCAUUAACACUCACCUGGCCAAACUCUACGAUAACCUGCUGGAGCAGAACCUUAUCCGUGUCAUUGAGCCCUUCUCCAGGGUCCAGAUCCAACACAUUUCCAGUCUUAUAAAGCUUUCCAAGAUAGACGUGGAGAGAAAGCUGUCACAGAUGAUUCUAGACAAGAAAUUCCAUGGGAUCCUGGACCAAGGGGAAGGUGUCCUGAUUGUAUUUGAUGAACCACCAGUUGACAAAACCUAUGAAGCUGCACUGGAAACCAUUCAGAACAUGAGCAAAGUAGUGGACUCGCUCUACAAUAAAGCCAAGAAAUUGACAUAGGUGAAGACGUGGAUCCUGUUUAGGAGAGUAUGGCCAGUGUGGGAGUCCCUGUGGGAAUGCAAGGCAGAGAUUGGACGUCAACUGAAAAACAAAAAAAGAACUGACACCUCAAAAAAAAAAAAAACAAGUAGUGGCCUGCUUCCCUUUUUGGAUUUCAAUGGGAAAACUUUAACAUCUCCCACAAUGGACAGACUUCACAUACUCCUCUGUCACUUUUUUUCUGUCUUUUUUUUUUGUUUUUUCUUUUCUCUGUCACACGUUUGUUUGUAACUUUGCUGCCCCAAAUGGGCCAUCAGGGAAUCUUCUGAAAUAAUAAAAUCAUCCACGUGCAUUAUAGUUCUAUAUGAAAUGUAUAUAAUAAUAAUACAUAGUUCCUGUGUAGAACCAGACUGGUAAAUGAACGGUUCCACUCUUGUCAGCCAAUGAGAGACAGAGAAGACAUUCCCAGAAGACUGGAGAAGACAUCCCUGGAAGACCAGAGGAAAGAGUAUUGACAUCCCUUUGCAGGGCAUUUCUUUCACCCCUGCAUCUGUGCGACCCCCCCCCCCCCCCCCUACUGAUGGGACUGUUUGCUUUGGUGACAGGGCAGAAGAGUCCAGGGAAGUGUGUGUGUCAUCAGAUGAAGGCUCAGGCUGCUGUUCCCUGGGCCUCGCCUUCCCAGCCCCACCCCACCCUGUUUGUACAUAACUUUGCCAAGCGCCUCUGUCUGUGGCCUGUUGUAUCGUCACCCUUUUUUAUAACGCUAAAAAAACAAAAAUAAUAAAAGUCACAAGGAGAGAAUAUGGCUUAAUGGGUGAUUGUGUGAAUUGUACUGUACAUGUUUUAUGAUGCGUCAUUGAUAGUUAUUGGAUGUCUGCUAUAAGGGUGUAACUAAAAGGCUGACUCAGUUACAGGAGUCUGCAGUUACUGGAGAGUUACUGUAAGGUCGUGGUGUAUGUUUUACCAAAUGCU